CGAAGAGAGGAAUUCCAUACAAAAUAUAAAUAGCUCAAACUCCCAAAUACCUGCUCCACCUCCACCCCCUCCCCCUCUGUCCUGUCUUCCUCUCCUUCCUCCUCGUCGUCCUCCGCCAUAGUGGCGAGCACGACAACAGCCACGCCUCACGCCCUCACCUCCAAUCAUUGGCCUCCCCAACCCAACCUCUCCCCGCCCCGUCCUGUUGAGCCGGGUGAUUGACGGAUUAUUAGUUAAUCCGGGGGCUUCACCUCGUUUUAGCGGCCUCGUUCGUUCGCCUCCGCAAAAGGCUAACGCCAGCCCGGGCGCGCGCUAACGGCAGCAACGACAGCAACCCGCUGGCUAGCUAGUCCUCCCCACGAUUCGACUCCGCCACCGUCCCCGGCCCAGCACACCUUUUCUUCUCUCCUGAAGCAAAAACCACCAAAGACUAGUCCUACAAAAUCUAGGGGUUCUAUGGCUGUUUCAAUGAGGGAGGUGGAUCCUGUUUUUCAAGGUGCAGGUCAAAAAGAUGGAUUGGAAAUAUGGCGGAUUGAAAAGUUACAGGCUGUUCCUGUUCCCAAGGAAUCAUAUGGGAAAUUUUUCACAGGAGAUUCCUACAUAGUACUGAAGACAACUGCCCUUAAGAAUGGUUCUUUUCGUCAUGAUAUCCAUUAUUGGCUUGGCAAAGAUACCAGUCAGGAUGAAGCUGGUACAGCUGCAAUUAAGACUGUGGAACUCGAUGCUGCCCUUGGUGGAAGAGCUGUCCAAUACCGUGAAAUACAGGGAAAUGAGACUGAGAAAUUUCUUUCAUACUUUAAGCCGUGUAUUAUACCAGAGGAAGGUGGUGUUGCAUCUGGUUUCAGGCAUACUGAAGUAAAUGAGCGGGAGCAUAAAACACGAUUAUUUGUCUGCAGAGGAAAGCAUACUGUUCAUGUUAAAGAGGUUCCUUUUGCACGAGCAUCACUCAACCAUGAUGACAUAUUUAUUUUAGAUACAAAAUCUAAGAUAUUCCAAUUCAAUGGAUCAAAUUCAAGUAUUCAGGAGAGGGCUAAAGCACUUGAGGUUGUGCAACAUCUUAAAGAUACAAACCAUGAAGGAAAAUGUGAAGUUGCGGCAGUUGAGGAUGGAAAGUUGAUGGCAGAUGCUGAUGCUGGUGAAUUCUGGGGUCUCUUUGGCGGAUUUGCUCCUUUACCAAGAAAGACAUUUUCUGAACUCAACGGGAAAGAUUCUACUUCCACUUCAAAAUUGCUUUGUGUAAACAAGGGCCAAUUUGCCCCUAUUGAUUGCGAAAUUCUAAAAAGGGAGCUAUUAGAUUCAACAAAAUGUUACCUACUAGACUGUGGUUCUGAAAUUUAUGUCUGGAUGGGUAGAGAAACAACUCUUGAAGAAAGGAAACGAGGCGGCUCAGCUGCUGAGGAAUUACUACGUGAAGGAAACCGGCAAAAAUCUCAUAUUAUUCGGCUCAUGGAAGGAUUUGAGACUGUCACAUUCAAAUCAAAGUUUGAUAAAUGGCCCAAGAAAGCUGAUGCAGUUGUGUCGGAUGAAAGCAGAGGAAAAGUGGCAGCUCUUCUUAAGCGACAAGGAUUUAAUUUCAAGGAUCCAGCAAAAGCUGCUCCUGUAAAGCAAGAGCCUCAACCUCAGAUUGAUUGCACUGGCAACUUACAGGUUUGGCGCGUAAAUGGCAGUGAUAAGACUUUCCUUUCGUUUUCUGAGCAAUGCAAGUUUUAUAGUGGAGACUGCUAUAUCUUUCAAUACACCUACCCUGGAUAUAUUGGAGAUGAAUGUCUUAUUGGUACCUGGUUUGGGAAGAAGAGUGUCCAGGAGGAAAGAAGUGCAGCCAUUUCACUAGCUGACAAGAUGAUUGAGUCUUUAAAAUUUCAGGCUGUUCUGGUUCGCAUUUAUGAAGGAAAGGAACCCACUGAAUUUUUCCCAAUAUUUCAAAACUUGGUUAUAUACAAGGGAGGGACAAGUACUGGGUAUAAGAAAUUUGUCUCAGAAAAUGGCAUUGAAGAUGAUACUUAUUCAGAAAAUGGGGUUGCACUUUUUCGAGUUCAGGGCUCAGGGCCAGAGAAUAUGCAAGCUAUUCAAGUUGACACGGCAGCACCGUCGCUGAACUCUUCUUAUUGUUACAUAUUGCAUGACGGAGAUACAGUAUUUACAUGGAUCGGUAAUCUAAGCUCAUCAAUGGACCAAGAGCUUGCUGAGAGGCAGCUAGAUGUGAUCAAGCCAAAUUUGCAGUCCAGAAUGCUCAAAGAAGGAUCUGAAUAUGAUCAGUUUUGGAAGUUGCUUGGAGUCAAGUCUGAGUAUGGCAGCCAGAAGAUUGUGAGGGACCAAGAAAGUGACCCUCAUUUAUUUGCUUGUACAUUUACAAAGGGGGUGCUUAAGGUCAGAGAAAUAUUCAACUUCACUCAAGAUGAUUUGAUGACGGAGGAUAUAUUUAUUUUGGAUUGUCACUCAUGUGUCUUCGUAUGGGUUGGACAACAUGUGGACACAAAAAUACGAGCACAAGCUUUGAACAUUGGAGAGAAAUUUCUAGACCUUGACAUUCUAAUGGAGAAUGUAUCACGAGAAACACCACUUUAUGUCAUCAAUGAAGGAAGUGAACCCCAAUAUUUCACUAGGUUCUUCAGUUGGGAUUCAGCAAAAUCAAUAAUGCAUGGUAACUCAUUUGAAAGGAGGUUAUCUUUAGUGAAGGAUGGAGUAAAACCAAGAGCAGAUAAACCAAAAAGAAGGUCAACAACAUCAACACACACUGGAAGGUCGAGUGUACCUGAUAAAUCCCAACGUUCCAGAAGCAUGUCAUUCAGUCCUGAUCGUAUAAGAGUCAGAGGAAGGUCGCCUGCUUUCAAUGCAUUGGCUGCUAACUUUGAGAACCCAAACGCUCGAAACCUAUCAACUCCUCCACCUGUUGUUAGGAAACAAGUUCCGAAGCCUGUAUCUUCUGAUUCUUCAAAGCCACCUCCAAGGACAGCUUCAAUCGCUGCGAUUUCUGCUUCUUUUGAGCGGCCUAAAGCAACUCUAAUACCAAAGUCAAUUAAAGCGAGCCCUGAUGCAAGCAAGCCCCAAAUUGAAGCGAACAAGCCUACACUAGAGACGAAUGCCAAGGAAAUCAACCCUACAAAGGAUAGUCAAAUUGCAACUCCUACAGUAGAGGAAGAUGUAAAAGAGAGUCAGGCAGAGUGUCAGGCAGGACUUCCUAUAUACCCAUAUGACAGCUUGAGGACAUCUUCCACCAAUAUCCCCACAGACAUUGAUGUUACCAAGCGAGAGAUAUAUCUGUCUUCAUCGGAGUUCAGAGAAAAGUUUGGGAUGACAAAGGAGGCAUUUGGGAAGCUACCAAGGUGGAAGCAGAACAGGCUCAAGAUUGCCCUUCAGCUAUUCUGAAAACUUGGUACUGUCAAACAGACUGCUUUUCUUUGCUAAGUCAAAAGCACAAUGACUGUUUUCAAAGGUAAAACCUUUUUCCAGGCAUAGGCACUCGAAAUCUCUCGCAGUCAAUUCAGAAGUGGUAAAGAGUAAUUGUAAGUGUAGCCUAGCAGGGUCAAGGGACCCUCGUUGGGUCUGGGAGGAGCAAGUCCAGUGAGUUUUUAGCUGCUCAUGUUCCUGAAUUGUGUUCUUCACUGACAUUUUGCAUGUAGUGCCAGAUCACUGCAUUGGUGAUCCGGUCACUCCAAUUCUUUCCUAUCCAAGGUCACAGGUUUGUUUGUGAGCUUGCGAACCCUUUUUUUUUCCCCUGUGAAGCCAUAUUUGUUCUAUUUUUUUGUUGAAAAAACUAGAGUCCCGAGAUAAUAAGGGAUAUAUAUGUGAUGUAAUUUAGACGACAGAGCAUGCUGUACAAAAGAGUUUGUAAAAUGUUAUUUCUGUGGGCUGUUGUUUUGUACUCACUCCGUUCUUUUUUA